AUGGAACUUGUUAGACAAUUAACAGGUUUAUCUGUUUCACAUCUAAGACAGUUUCGAGAUGAUGAUUCAUACGUUGAUCGUUUAAGUCAUCGUUAUACAACGACAUUAUGUGUCGUAUUUGCCAUAUUAGUUACGACAAAACAGUAUGCAGGUGAUCCUAUUGAUUGUUGGGUUCCAGCGCAGUUUAAACAAUCAUACGAAUCAUAUACCGAUAGUUAUUGUUGGAUAGCUAACACAUAUUAUAUUCCAAUAGAUCAAGAUCUACCAGAUGAUGAACUCGGAAGACGGAAUAAAGAUAUUCUAUAUUAUCAAUGGGUACCAUUUAUUCUGUUAUUUCAAGCAUUUUUAUUUUAUUUUCCACGAAUUGUAUGGCGAACGUUAAAUGUUAAAUCAGGAUUAGAUUUAGUUAAUUUAGUUGACGCAGCUAUUAAAUAUGAACAAGUUGAACAAUUUGAAUCACGAGAACGUAUUAUGAGUUAUUUAAUAAUAAAUAUUGAACGUUAUAUAGCUGCACGUGCCCAAUUAACACGUCGCCGUUUUGAACGUCCACUCUAUUGUUUUCGAAAAUUUUUACGUCUUUUCUUAUUUUGUUCAAAUCGUCAUUAUGGAAAUUAUUUAGUUGUCGUCUAUUUUAUUGUUAAAUUAAUGUGGUUGGUUAAUGCAUUAGCUCAAUUAUUUUUACUGAACGCAUUUCUAGGAAAUGAUUAUUAUUUAUUUGGUUUUGAAGUAAUUGAAAAAUUAUUUAAAAAUCAACGAUGGACAGAAAAUCGACAUUUUCCAAAAGUGACUUAUUGCGAUUUUAAAAUACGUGAAAUUGGUAUCAAUCAUUUCUAUACUGUACAAUGUGUGUUAAGGAUUAAUUUAUUUAAUGAGGUGAUAUUUAUAAUACAAUGGUUUUGGUUAAUAUCGAUUAGUGCAGCAACAAUUUAUGAUUUUCUAUUAUGGUUGUACUAUUGUGCAGUGCCAAGAGAAAAGGUUCAUUUUAUUAAACGUCAUCUUGGCAUUAUGUCCGCAUAUAAUCCACAUGAUGAAAAGCAACAAGCUAGAGAAUUUGUAUUACAUUACUUAAAAGACGAUGGAGUUUUUGUUUGCCGUUUAUUAGCUAUUAACGCUAGUGAUCUUGUUGUUACAGAAAUAAUUAAUGAACUAUGGAAACGAUAUAAGACACGUUCAUAUAAUUUUAGAGAUAACAGAGAUACGUUUCCAAAUGGUGGUGAUAAUAAACCUCAUACGACUACACAACAAAAAAUAAUCACAACUAAAAUACCGCCACCUCCACCUCUACCACCAUUACCAUCAUUUCGAACAACAACAACAAUGGGUGAAAAAACAGAUCCGACAGCCAAAGAUACGGAUGUAUGA